ACUAUUCUUUGACUUUGGUUUUACACCAACACACAUGAUUUUCUCUACUAGUAAAUGCAAUAUCAAGCCCCCCAUUAAUUAAGCAAUAUUCCCUCCAUUGCCCACACUAUAAACCCCUUUUUACAUUCUUAUUCACAACAUCCACAAAAAGCUUUCAUUUUGUAUAUGGGGUUAUAAUUUUUUUAAAUAAAAACCUAUCAUAUCAAAGUUCUAACCAACACCCAUAUGUUUAAAAAGUUAUGUACUUCAGUUUCUAGCAAAAAGUUGUGAUUUUGAAUCUUAGAUAGUAAUUUUCUUGAUAAAAAAGCUAUCUUUUUUAAGUUUUCUCCAACACCCAAAUAAAAAAAAAAAAGCUUAUUUGAAUCAAGAGGUUGAAAAAUUAUGGAUUUGUUUGCUCUGUUUACUCUGUUUUUAUGCUUAUGUUCGGUUUCGGGCGAGAUUCAAGAGCCGAAAAAACCACGGCGGAUGUUGGCUGAUGAUUCGGGUUCUAAAGGUGGGGAUAAGAAGGGUUUUAGCUCAUUGGAAUUGCUAUUAAUUGUUGUAGCAUCACUCAUUGUUAUAAUCCUUGUACUUCUCAUAAUUGUUUACUUUUACUUGAGAAAGCGAAAACGGAGUUCACGAGUUGAAGUGGUUCCAUCCCCGCCACGUACGGGGACCGAACGGCUUGUGAUUUUUAGAGAAAUUGGGGUACCGUUGACUUUCAACACCGUGGUCCAAGCCACCGGGAACUUCACUUUGAAAAAUUGCAUAGGGAGUGGUGGGUUCGGGUCAACUUAUCGGGCUGAACUGUCUCCAGGGUCAACCGUUGCUGUUAAACGGUUGACCGUGGAGAUGUGUCAAGGACUUCCGCAGUUUAAUGCAGAAAUCCGUAGCUUAGGACGGAUAAGACACCCGAAUCUCGUAAUGUUGAUAGGGUAUCAUGCUAGCAAGUCGGAAAUGUUUCUUGUUUAUAAUUAUCUUUCGGGUGGUAGUUUGGAAGAUUUUAUUACGUUAAAAAGAAAUCGGGACACGAGUUUGAAAGUAAUUAAUAAAAUUGCUAUCCACGUGGCUACCGCGUUAGCAUUUUUACACGACGAGUGUAAUCCACGUAUACUCCAUCGCGACGUCAAGCCAAGUAAUAUUUUGUUAGAUAAUGAUUUAAAUGCCUACUUGUCCGAUUUCGGGUUGUCACGUUUGCUCGAGGGGUUCGAGACACACGUGACAACCGGAGUUGCUGGGACAUUUGGAUAUGUGGCGCCCGAAUAUGCCUUAGCAUGUCGAGCAUCAGAGAAAGCAGAUGUGUAUAGUUACGGAGUAAUGUUGCUUGAGUUGAUUUCAGAUAAACGGGCAUUAGAUCCUUCGUUUUCUGGCCAAGAGAAUGGUUAUACGAUCGUGUCGUGGGCGCAAGCGCUACAACGAGAGGGUCGGAUGAAGGAGGUGUUCGCUGACGGAAUGUGGGAGUCCGGGCCGGAAGGUGUGCUCUUGGAUCUAUUGCAAAUGGGCUUGCUUUGCACGGUUGAAUCGGCACCAGGGAGGCCUACCAUGAGACAAGUUGUGAAUAAAUUGAAGCAAAUUCAAAGUAAAUUUGACUGUUGACUUUUAAUGGUCAAUGGAAAAUCUUGUCCACUUAUUCGAUCGAUUGAGAACUUUACAUUGCAACUUUUAUUUUUGUAUUAAUGUUUGAAAUCGUACAAAGUAUGAAGUGUAGAUUCUAAAACUUAUGAAAUUUUACCUCUUGAAGAUGUCGUAUC